AUGGUAGAUGUGGGAACUCAAACUGAGUUAACCAUGGAACACCUAAAAGAGAUGGAAAACAACAUCCAUUCUUUAUCUGAACGAUUAACUACUACUGAUAUAGUGGACACAAAUAGUUUAGAUGGCAAAGAUAUUUUAUUUAGAUUAGAUGUAAUAGAAAGAGGAGUUGCCAGCAUGGAAGAGGAUAAAAUUCAUAACCAAACCCAAGGGAAUGAAAUGAGAAUAAAGUUGUUAAACCUAGAAUUAGAAAGAAAAAGGGUUCAAUAG